AUGCGCGCAACGCGUAGCACGACGGGGCACCUUCCCAAACCCCCGAAGCACGUAACACAUGAAGAUGCUCAGUCUGAUUAUGUCGAAGAAGGCGAUGUUUCUGAACAUGAGGAGCCAGUGCGGAAGCCUAUCAAACGAACGAAGAAGGGGUCUAAUACGAAAGACAACGACAAGCAUCAAGGACUGUCUCGGAGGAAGCAGGGCAGAUUGAGCGAAUUGCCAAAUCUCGCGCUAGACAUAUUAUUUGAAAUCUUCGGACAUUUGGCACCCGGCGAUCUAGUAUCAUUGUCUCGCGUAUCGAAAUCAUUUCGCUCCGUCCUCAUCGCCCGCUCUUCAGCUUUCCUGUGGAAGAGCGCCUUUGUUAAUGUUCCUGAUUUACCACCAUGCCCUGAUGAUAUGGACGAGCCUGAAUGGGCGAACCUAUUAUUUGGCGGCUCGUAUUGUCAUUGCUGCGGAGCUAAACCUGUCACAAAAAUCAAUUUCAUGUUGCGAGUCCGGGCAUGCAACCACUGUCUCGAACUCAAUUGCGUCAAGAACUUCAUGGUUUUCCAUAGUCCUACUUUUUGCGACCGGUUUGACAUAUCCGGGAGCGUCAUUCCCAUGCUGAAGGAGCUUCUUCCUCUCCUACCUAGCACUCGGGAUGGUCCGAAGAUAAAAGGUCGUCGCUCUUGGGGAAUAUACUAUUGGUGGGCCGAAGAUGUCAGACAUCUGCUCGCUAAGUGCAAGGCUAUGCUCUCGGGCGGAAGUACCGAAAAGGAUCUUGCAGAAUUCAAAGCAGAUAUGGAGAAGAGGCUAGAGGCUAGGGAAAGUCACGCACUAGCUGCCUCGACUUGGUUCACUAAGGUAAACAAUGUGAAGGUCUCCGAGCGCCAAGAAAAGAGGAGCAAGCGGCUCGAUGACAUUGUGGAGCGCAUCAUACCACACGGUUUCACCAAGUUGGAUAUGUCAAGGCUGAUGACCCAUCGGGAUGUGAGCACGGAUAAGCCCUUAACGGACAAGGUAUGGCAGCGGGUCUUCCUCGUCAUCAGACCGGAGCUAGAAAAGGCAAAGCUUGAGCGCCUGGAACGGGAACGACGAUCUCGUCAGCGCGAACGCGAGAGGAUACUCAACCAAGAGCUCGUCGGGUGGCUUAAGACUCAGCAUCCCUUGGAUUUCGCGUAUUUUCCGACGUUCACAGAUCUACGUUCACUUCCUAUCAUCCACGACGCCAUUGAAGAAGAUGUCCCACCCACUCCAGAAUUUCGCGCUCGGAUCGAGAGUCUUCUCCUGGAACAUAGCGAAACUCUCAUGACAUGGGCGAAGAAACGCGUGGAAGAAGUGGCUUUACGCGUUCCAACGUCUACUUCGUGCCCUCCCCAAUCAAAGGAGCCGUCUAAUACGUCUGUGGCUUUGGACUCUACGAUCGCGGCUUCAUCCGAAAACGGGCCUUCGCAAUCAAAUCCUGUCGAAGGCACUAUUCCGGUCCCCAACACACUGACGUUAGCCGCAACGGUGUUCAUCUGUCCUGGCUCGUACUGUGCGGGUUACGGCUCUUCCAAACUUCCCUUAUUCGCCGCCGAAAUCUUCGCUCACAGAUGUCUCGAUACGAUGAAGGCCGACGUAGUCACGCCUACGUUCUCUGAACCAGCUUCUCGGACUGUGACCUCCCUCGUCAAACUGCUAGGCUUGGACCCCAGUACGACCACUCCUACCGAGCUCGAUCGCCAGGAUGCGCGCUUUGUCUGCAUGACCUGUCCAGUUAUUAGGCAUUGGGAUGCAUCCUCGCUUUCCAGUCUGGAAUUCGGUCGAACGGCAUUGUCCUGGAGAAAAUGCGUACACCACGUACUUGAUACACCAGAGGCUCAUCAUGAUCCAAGAUGGCAACUUCUCAACGAAACGGACACAUCAGACGUCAAAUCACGAGAGCCACCAGGAUAUGCAUUUGGGAGCCAACAGAGCCGAUGGGGAUGUACUCGCUGCACGGCCCAUCUUGCUCAUCCGGACGAGAUUAACCGCUGGUUGAGUCUCGAGGAUGCAAUUGCGCACGUGAAAGACGUCCAUGACGUCCAAGACCCCAAGGACGGUGACUAUUUUUACAACCCGCGGAUGCGCCGCAUCAUACCAUCUUCCGUCGUAAUCAAGAUGUCUCCAGACCUGAGCAGCACAUAAUCUCUUCAUGGACCUCGUUUCCCCCCAUUCCCCACUCGAUUCACGGCUUUGAACCGCCGCCUCAUACCCGAACCGCCAUUCAUAUAAUGAACGAUGAUUGUGUCCAUAGCCUUUGAGCACCCUGCAUUAUAACCAGAACUUCUUGCAAGUCUCUUCUCAAUCAGUCCCACUCUGUAACUUCCCUCUCGUCCUUUUAUGGUAGCGCACCCUUUAACCCAGAACUUUCGGGCUCGUUACGUGCACCGUGUCUCUCAUAAUCCCUCAUUGUGUGGCUCGGUCCUCUGAUUCUUUUCUUCUACGUUAUCCUGCUCUAUUUCUGCUCAUUGGUCAACUCUGACUUGAACUUUCUUGCCGAUCCAUGCAUACUGUUACUGUUACCGCAUACUUACCCUGCUCUACAGUUCCUUACUUCACGUAGUAAUCGGAUCGUAUCCUAUCAAGC